AUGAGAGUAUCAAAUUUAAUUGUUUUUCUGAAGAAUGGAAAAGUAAAUAAAAGAAGAAAACAAAAUCCCCCGUGUUUUUUAUUUUUGGGGAACAGGUAUGAAAGUACAAGGGUAGUAUCAAAAAAAGAAGACGCCUCAAAAAAUGAAACUAAGUAUAAUAUAAAUAAUAAAGAAUGUAGUGAAAAUAAGAAUAAAUACGAGAGUACUGAAAUAUGUCCUUAUUUUGAAGAAAAGAAAAAUACAAAUAUAAAUAAAAAUGAUAGUUAUAUAAAAAUGAGUAAAGAAUUAAAUGAAAAUCUAAAAGACCCUAAUGUUAGUAGAAAGACAUAUGACAUAUUAAAAUAUUAUGAUGACAAUAAAAAUAUAAUAAGAACAACUAGAUAUAUAUUAAAAGAACAUAUUAAUUAUAAUAUAUAUAUUAAAGAAUUAAAUAUGUUUUAUAAUUAUUUUUACAAUGCUUAUCCUUUUUUUAUAACAAAAUAUGUAAAUUAUAUUAAAGAACAAAUAUUAUUGAACUAUAAUGAUAAUAUGAAAAUAAAUACAUUUUUUAGUAAUUAUAAAAAUAAUGAAAAUAUAAAAACGUUUUUGUCCUUAUUUCAUUAUUUUAAUGAUAAAAAUAAUCUAUUUGUAAAUAAUAAUGAUAAUAAUAAUAAUAAUAAUAAUAAUAUACAAAAAGUUAUUUUAAAAAGCUUACAUUGUCCAAAUAAUGUUACACAAUUUUUAAGAGGAUUAAAAGAUAAUAUAUAUUUUAUUAAUAAUAAGAAUAAAAAGGAUUUAUUACAAAUAAAGGAAAUAUUUUGUGAAAAAAUAUUAGAAUGUAUUGAUAAUAUUAAUGAUAUAAAUAAAAAAAUAGAAAUUUUAUUAUAUCUUUCUAAUAUAUGUGAUAAUGAUAAAACAUAUGAUUCUCUAUAUAUUAUACAUAUUAAUAAAAAAAUAGAACAAAUUUAUGAAGAAUUAAACAAGAAAAAUAAAAAAACUGUAGAAGAUCAAUAUAUGAUGUUCUUAUUAUAUAAAGAAUAUCUUUCAUCAAAGAAUGAAAAAUAUGGUAAAAUGGAAAUAAAAAAUUUUCUUUCUCAAGAAUUAUCAUUUUAUAACUUUUUAAAAAAUGAAAAUAUUAAUAUAUGUUUAUUAAGUUUAAUAUAUCGUGAUUUGUCCUUUUUAAAUAAUUAUGAAAUUAAAUAUGUUUUGAUGAAUUUAGUGUACUCAAAAAUAAGUAAUUCAGAAUUUUUUCUUUAUUCCUCUAAAGAGGAUUUUUUAAAUAAUAAAAAAAUCAAGAGUCAUGUCUUAUUCAAUGAACAGAAUAAUAGCAUAAAUAUAAAUGAAAAUAAUAUAUCGAAAAUGGAAAAUUAUAAAUUAAACGAUGAUGAUAAUAAUCAUAAUAAUAAUAAUAAUAUGUUAAAUAGUGGAAUUCGUAAUUUCUUUGCGAACUCUUUGUUGAGAAAUAAUUUUUUUGCCUCUCUUAAAAAUGAAGACAUGACACAUUCAUCAAAUAUAUUAAAUUAUUAUUCUCAUAAUGUAAAUAAUACAAAUAUACAUAACUACGUUUUUUAUAAUUUACUCACUUCUAUUAUACAAUUAAAUGAAUCACAGAAAAAAUCGUUUGAUGUAAUUUUGUUAAAUAAAAUGAAAUUAUUUUUAUUACAUAACCAAAAACAUAAUCAUUAUCAUCUAAUUCCAUAUAUUUUAAAGAUUAAAGAAAAUGUAGAUUAUAUGAAUAACUUUAUAUUUAUGAAUAACAUAUUUCUAAUAAAAUAUGUGUUAAAAUAUAAACAUAUAUUUUCAAAUAAUUUAUAUUUAUAUAUACUUAAUGUUUUUUGUAAUACAGUUCAAAUGAUUAAGAAGUGCGAUCAUUUUACAGAUAUAAAUAAAAAAAAUAUGAACUUAUUAAAUGAUUGUAAAAAAAUUAUUAAUUAUUUUAUAAAUGAAAUAUAUUAUUCUAUAAAUCUAUAUACAUUAAAAGAAUUUAUACAAUUCGUUAAUUUGUUGAAUAAAUUCCCUUCAAACUUUACAUUCGAAAUUAAAAAUAAUAUAUAUCUUCAAAAUGGGAAUAAAAUGGAAAAUAUAAAUAAAUGUAAUAAUAAUAAUAAUAAUAUAAUGGAUAUAACAAAUAUUUUACAUUUUAAUAACGAAUAUAUAAGUAACAAAAUUGAUAAUAAUAAUAAUAAUAAUAUUAAAAUGGGUAGUAAUAUAAUAGAUAAAAAUCUAAACAUAGAAUCAGAUAUAUAUGAUAAUAAAAAUAUAAUUAAUUCUAAGAUUAGUGAUAAACAAAAUAAUGUUUUAUACUCUUCAAUUUUAAACAAAAAUAACUUUAAAACAAAAAAAAAAAAUACACACUCUAUUAUUAAUAAAGAUGAUUUUAUUAUACUAAUAUCACUAUCAAUUUUUAACGAAAUUAAUGAGGAAUUUAUAUUCAAAAUUAAAGAAAAAGAAAAAGAUAUACUUAAAAAUAACAAUAUACAACAUCAAUAUCAAAUAUAUGAAUAUAUAAUUGAGAAUCAUUUUAUUCCCUUUGUUAAUAAUACUUCAAAUUAUCUUCAUUUAUUAAAUCAAAAAUAUGAUGAAAAUACAAGAGAGCAAAUUAUGAACUAUUUUAUCAUUUUUACAUAUAUUAACCAAUUGGAGAUAUCAGAAAUAUAUUCACUAGUAAAUGUAAUGCAUAAAAUAAAUAAAUUCCAAUCUUUCAUAGACUUUUACAUAUCUAAACAUGUACAAAAAAUUCUCAAUGAAAAAUGGGAACAUAUAAUAUAUACCAAAAGAAGUGGGAAGAAAAAAGAGUUGGUUAAUUAUGAAUUUGAUGAAAAUUAUUUGGACGAAUAUAUAAGUAGAGUGAAUAUUGAGAAAAGUAUAAAUAAACUGGAAAAUAUAAACAGUGUGGAAAAUACAAACAAUGUAGACAAAACAAACAAUGUAGACAAAACAAAUAAUAUAGACAAAACAAACAAUGUAAACAAAACAAACAAUGUAGACAAAACAAACAAUGUAAACAAAACAAAUAGUGUGAGUGAGAAUGGACCUGUUUUAUCCUCCCAUUUUGAGCAAAUUAAUUUAAAUACACAUUUUAUGUACACGUCCAACUUUGAAAAAUAUUAUUAUGAUUAUGACAUGAACACAAGUAUUAUUAACUUGUUCAUAUUAUUAAAUGAAAAAAGCCAAACAAGAAAUAUGCUUGCAACAUUUUUACCUUACAUAGAUUAUAAAAAAAUUAAUAUUUUUAAAAUUAAUUUAAAUAAAUUUUUUUCUUCAUCUUUUAUAAAUAAUGAAGCAAAUAAGGAAAAGGAAAAUAUUAUAAAGGUUGAAGGCUUAAAUGAAAGAUAUAAGGACAAAUUAAAGAAAAUUAAUAAUUUGAACACCUUCUCAUUAGAUAAUAAUAAUGAUACCAUAUGCAAUAAUAAUAAUUAUUACAAUAGUAGUUGUGGAAAUUAUACUAAUAUAUUGAAUGGGUUAUUUGGUGAUUCUUUUAAUAUAAACAAAAAUGAACAUAACCAAAAUAUUAAUAAUAAUUAUGAAGAAUAUACACUUAAUCAUCCUGUCAUAUAUAAUAUUGUACAAAGUAGACUAAAGUAUAAUAUCAAUUUGAAAAAUUAUUUAGAAAAUAAUGAAAAGGACACUUCAAAUGAAGAAAUAAAACAAUUCAUGAAGCAAGAAAUGUUAUCAUUACAAAAUAUUACAAGUUUGAUAAAUUAUAUAAAUAAUAUAAAAGAAAAUGAUCCCAAUUAUGAUAUUAACCAUAAUAUUAGAAACAAUACAAACAAUUUUAAUAAUACAAAUUGUGUUAAUAAUAAUGAUAACAAUAAUUAUUCUUCUAUGCAUAUGGAUCUUUUAAAUUUAGCAUUAAAAAAUCUCAUUUUUUGUAAAAAUGAUAUUGUAGAUAUUAAGAGCUAUAGAAUGAUAUCUAAUGUGUUAUUAAAUAUAAAUAAUAUUUAUCAAAAAAUAUAUAUAUCAUCAAAAUAUUCAUAUUUAAAUAUACUUAUAAUGUAUUAUAUUAAACGUAUGGAAACGUUUUUACCCUUUUUUAACUUGCAAGAUUAUUUACAAAUAUUACAAAUAUAUAUAAAAUAUAAUUUAUCUAAAAUUUAUAUGAAACAUUUAUAUAUUUUAAAUAAUGAAUUAAAUAAAAUGAAUAUAAAAAAUAUUAAUUAUCCUUUUGUUCAUAUCAUCUUAUAUUUCUAUUUCAAAUUAAAUUAUAUAAAUGAAACUUUUGUAUUUAAAUUAUUAAAUCAUUAUAUCUCUUCAUUAAAUCAACAACAACAUUAUAUGGAUUCAUCCAUUAUACGUAAUCUAAUAAAAACUAAUGAUGUCUUAAUUAAUUUGUGUGUAAAAAACAAGGAUGUACUUUAUUUUAAUUAUAUGAUUUUACAAAAAUAUGGUAAUUUUAAGGAUAAUUUAGAAUUAGAGGAGAAUGUAGAAAUGGACCAAAAGAAUAAUGCAGUACUUGAACAAAAUAAUAUGGACCAUAUAAAUGAACAUAUUACAUCGGCAAUUAAAAUAAAUGAUAAUAGUUUAAGUACAAAUGAUACACCAUCAUCUUUUCAGUCUAAGGAACAGAAAGAACAAAAUAUAAAUAAGAACCAUUUAGAAAACAAUACAAAUAAUAAUAAUAAUAAUAAUAAUAAUGAAAAUUCUCAUUAUAUGGAACAAAAUAAUGAAAAUACAAUAAACUAUAAUUCCUACACAAUGCAUUAUAAAAACUUGGAAGUAAAUCAAAACGAAUCUACUACUUACGAAGAAAUAGAUAAUUCUCCUUAUAGUACAAGUGAUAUUAAUUAUAAUUCCAAUAAAAUUAAUAAAAUCAAUAAUGCAAAUAAUAAUGUUCAGAAAAAUAUUGUUACAUCUAAAUUCGAAUUAUCAUUAAACCAGAAAUUAAAUAUUAUAUAUUUUCUUUGCAAAUUUCAUUUUUAUAAUGAAACAAUAAAAAAGUUUUAUUUGCAAGUAAUUAACGAAUGUAUAAAUAAUAAAAAUUCUAACAUCAAUGAUGAUGAUUAUUGUAAAUUAUAUGAAAUUUAUGUACAAGUUAUACUCAAUUUUUAUUUUCUUUCAUUCAAUAAAAAUAAUAAAUAUAUUAAUUAUAUCUUAAGUAAUUUACCUUGUUAUUAUUGGUACAAAAGGGAAGAAGAUAAAUUAAAUUUUUUUAUAUCAUCAAAAGAAUAUAAUAAUAUAUAUCAUAUACUCAAAUUGGUAAAUUUACCUUUUCUCGUACCUACAUUGACCGAAAUUUACUUUAUUCAUUUUUUUAAUGAUUCAAAAAAAGAUAAUUACAAUAAUCAUAUACCAAAUAAUUGUUUGCAUUAUUAUCAAAAAUAUAACUUGCUCAUUGAUGAUAUCAAAAAUAAGAAUAUUGCAAUAUUAUGUGUUCCAGAGGAAAACGAAUUACGGGAUGGAAAUAACAGUAAAAGGAUAUUAAUGAAUGAGAGUUAUUAUAUUUAUGAGAAUAUUAAAAAGACCUAUGCAACUUCAUUGUUAUUUCUAAGUGAAUGGAAAGGCUUAAGUACAGAAGGAAAAUGUGAUUACAUUUUAAAAGUUAUUCAUUCAGCAGUAAAUAAUUAA